AAGGCCUUCCCUGAAAAAGACGUCGUCUGGACGACGUCUACAGGGUGUCACCAGCGGGGCUCCGUCAAAAUAUCUUCUCUAGGCUGUGGUAGAACUCAGUCUCAGUCUCAGGCAGUGGAGUCAGUUAGUUUGUCUGGCAGUUUUGCUCGAGUCUCAGAACUGAAGUAGUUUUCUUUGUAAGUUUGGACUUUAAUCAGUUUAGUUGGUUGGGUUUAACGCCUGGCCGCUCUCGGUUUGACACAAAAACAAACUGAGGCAGCUACCCUGCCUCCACUGCUGAGGAAGGGAGCAGACGCGCUUCCGGUGUUGCAAACACAACACAGACGCCCUCCGUCAGUUAAGCGGUGUGCUCGGCGUCGGAGAGCCCGUCUCUCCGCUUCUCUCUCCCCGGCUGUGUAGCGCUGUCUCUCGGUCUCUCUCCCGAUGGGAACCCGCUCCAGCCGGCUGCAGGCCGCUCCGUCCUCGCCCUCAUUUUCCAAGCGCGGCGGGGUGAAGCGCGAGUCUCGCCGGCUGCGCGGCGGCAGCAGGCCGGCCAGCCUGGCGCUGGACCUGUCGGGCAGCUUCGACCGCGACUCGGAGGCGAACCGGAGCCGCUCGGAGGAAGGCAGCGACUCGGACACGGGGAGUCCCGCUGACCCGCACCACGGGACCCCGGAUCAGGACCCGGCUACGGCUCUCCCCGAAACCGGAGAGAAGCCCGAGGAGGAGGAGGAAGACGAGCCGGGGCAGAGUGCGAGGAGCCCCGGCAGCAGUGAGCGGCUGGCCGCGGAGGAGGACGUGGGGCCUGCGCCGCACCGGACUUUCUCAGAGCGGCUUUCCAGCGGAAGGCACGCCUCGGUCGGCCGCAGCGGCGCAGCCAGGGCGGCGAGGGUCAGGAGCCCCCGGCCCGUGUCUGAGGCUUGGAUCGGCCUGUACAGAGUCCGACACGGCACAAUCCGUUGCCCCUUCUGCACCAAGCCGUUCCCCGGAGGCCGAAUCGAGGAGCACCUGCUGAGCUGCCUCACCUCUCCACCUCUGCCUUACAACACGGACGUGCUCUGUAGAGACAGCGGAGAGUGCUCCAUAUGCCUCGAAGAUCUGCUUCAGGGAGACACCAUCGCCCGCCUGGCCUGCCUAUGCGUCUACCACAAGAAAUGCAUCGACUCCUGGAGCAUGGUGAAGCCUUGUUGUCCAGAGCAUCCUUUUGAUUGACUUCACUUCAGCGCCGCACCUGCUUGACUCAGGAGACCACGCCCGGCCAGCUACAUCGGUCCAAUGAAGAGGAAUCGAGGGGAAUGAAACGAACCGAAACGACACACACGGAACGCUGACCGUGAGCUGGAGCCGAGACGGCCUGCUUUUCUUGCUGUAGAGUGCUUGCUUGGACAGAAACGGGGUCUUGCUGGGCUUUUCCUCUCAUCACUCUCCGCUCGGAGACUCCUGAGCGAAUCUGCCAGACUGAACAGAAAAAAAAUAUAAAACAAAAGAAGAAAAUGACAAAAAAAAAACUAAGAAAACCAAACAAAAUCACAAACGGAGCGAAUAAGUUACCAGAGGACUGUGGACGUUGUACGUCCCAUAGCAGAGUUGAGGGCUCGUUUUGAGGGCUGAUGUGCGCCCCCUGCUGUGGGUUCCUGAUUGGGGCGUGGAGAGGAGCAGUGGAAUUUUGAAUGCACGGAUUAGACUUUGCACAGGGGACCUUUGAGGAGUGAGGAGGAUGCGCUGGUGAUUUUCGGGGGUGAAAUCGGAGUGCUGUUCUUCGUCUGCCCCCUUUACUGUGUGUGGAUUCACACUCUUAAAAACCAUGGUCACUCGGUGGUCCUCAGCUCGGACCAGCAGUUCCAGGAAUGGCAUUUAGUUAAAGCUGCUCUUUAAAACAGACGUUCUCGGCUUUUUUGACCACGCGGACGAAAUUGUGAUUGAUGGUCUUUUUUUUUGUCAGAUCUCCUGUUUCUAGAUGUUGAUACUUCACAACUGAUGACUAUUAAUAAUAAGCGCCGCCCUCUAAAGACGUCAUUGAUCAGUAUCAGGUCUAAAGACCUGCUGUGUUGGCCCGUGGCUCGGAACGUCUGCUUUAAAGAGCCCUUUAUUUUAGGAGUAGAUGGUCUGAAAUCUUUUUUCAGGUCAGCUGGAGUUUUGGUGGCCAGUAGACGUUUGCUUAGCACCGAUCCAGUACCGUGGGUCAGUAUCGUCACUGAUACUGACCGUGUUAAACUUCGGUCAGACUCGAUCAGUCGACUAUCGAUUCUGCUAAUAAUACAGCUAAUAAUUACCACAAUAAAA